AUGUGGGCCACCACUUUUGCUCAGAUGUCGUGGGUUGCUGAGAAGCAUGGCCGGACCAAGUUCGUUAGCAUGCAGCACCACUGCAGUCACUUCCACGUGAAGAGUGAAAGAUGGAUCGCUUCUGCGAAAGCAUCGCUCGCGCACCCGGUUCUCUCUGGCGUGAGUACAGUUGACGAGCAGAUCAUCAGGCGAAUGGAGGAGAUUGCGAAGAGAAGCGGUGGCCGAUAA